AUGCAGCCAGGAGCAGCACUUGCGCUCGUCGUCGCCCUCGCGACCGGCGCGGCCCAAGCCCGCCUCGGGCCCUCGGAGCGCGCCGCCCCUCUGCGGCCCCGCAGCGCAGACGAAACCGUGACGGCGACGAGCAAAAAAGUCAUGGUCGAGUGCGGCCAGGGAGCUUCGUUGUCGGAGCUGUCGGAGCUGAUCACGGCGGCUGGCGGCAGCGUGGUCAAGACGUUCGACUCGGACGUCUUUGUCGGGCUGAGCGUCGAGACGGACGACGCCGAGAACAUCCAAAGUCUGGUGCGCGACGGCAGGGGCUUGGCGGCGCGCGCGUGGCCCGUGGGCAGGGUCGAGGUCCCGCCCGUGCAGCCCAGCUUGGCGUUUGGCGACGACGCGGCCGCGACGAAUUGGUCGGUGCACUACUCGACCGGCGUGGAUGCGCUUCAUCAAAAGGGGGUGCUGGGCAAGGGGGUUAGGAUUGCGGUCAUCGAUUCAGGGGUUGAAUAUACCCAUCCUGCCCUGGGCGGAGGACUGGGGGCUGGGUUCAAGGUCUCCGGGGGAUACGAUCUGGUCGGCGACGCGUACGAUGGCUCCAACGACAAGAUUCCCGAUGCUGAUCCCAUGGAUCAUCUUGGCCACGGUACUCAUGUGGCUGGCAUCAUAGCCGGGAAGAGUGACUUCUUUGUCGGUGUUGCGCCCGAGGCGGAAAUACUUGCGUUCAAGGUCUUUGGCGCUUUUGAAGGCACCGACGAAGACACCCUGGUCGACGCUACCAUCAUGGCCUACGAGGCCGGCGUCGACAUCAUCACGGCCAGCAUCGGGCGCGCCUCAGGCUGGGCGGACGGGGCCUGGGCAACCAUCGCCUCUCGCAUUGUCGACAAGGGUGUGCUCGUGACCAUCGCGGCCGGCAACAGCGGUGAGGAUGGCCCAGUGUAUGCCAGCAGCGGCUCGUCCGGCAAAGACGUCCUCGCUGUUGCUUCGGUCGACACCAGUCUCGUCCCCGCCAAGCCAUGGCACGCAACCUUUUCCCUCAACGGCACCUCCAACACCACCCUGAUGGCCUACAUGCCAUCCUCGAACCGCCCGCUGUGGAACUUCACCGGUCUCCCCAUAGUCACCCUCUCCCUGGACGCAACCAGUCCCUUUACCGGCUGCAACCCGCUCCCGGCAGACACGCCUGACCUUUCCAACUCAAUCGUGCUCGUCCGCCGCACUCAAUCGUGUUCCUACUACACCGUGCAAGCCAACCUGGAGCCCUUCAACGCCACCGCCAUCCUUAUCCAGAACAACGACAACCGGCCCUUCUCCCCCGUCAACAACAACCAAUACAGAUCCGUGGUGGCCGUGGUCGACUCCCCCUCCGGCACAGCAAUCCUCGCCACCCUCAGCGCCGGCGGCACCGUCACAGCCGACUUCACCCCGCCGUCGGAUCCAGACUGGGCCGUCGGCUUCCGCGACUCGGCCGGGGGGAUCCCGUCCUACUUCUCCUCGUGGGGCGGCACCAACGAGCUCGAAAUCAAGCCCGACGUGGCCGCGCCAGGCGACGACAUCUACAGCACCUAUCUCAACGGCCGCUACGCCGUCCUGAGCGGCACGUCGAUGGCCACGCCCUACCUGGCCGGCGUCGCGGCGCUGUACAUCAGCCGGCACGGCGGGCGCGCCACGCACGGCCCGGGCUUCGCGCGCUGGCUGGCUCGGCGCAUCGUCAGCAGCGGCGAGACGCUGCCGUGGCAGGCGAUGCAGCCUCAGGCCGCGCCGAUCGACUAUGGCUUCGCGGCGCCCGUGGCCCAGGUCGGCGGCGGCUUGGUCAACGCCACCAAGCUGCUGGAGCAGGCGACGGCCGUGUCGUUUGACGCGUUCGCGCUGAACGACACGGCCAAUUUUCGAGGCGAUCACAGCGUCGAGAUUACGAAUAAUGGUCCCGCCCCGCUGACGUAUACUUUUGGGUUGCAGCCUGCGGGUGCGUUCGACAUGCAGGGCAGGACGUCCGGGCUUUUGGCUGAUGUUCUUGACGUGAAGCCGUUUGCUUUGGUGCCCAAUGUGACUUUUCCAGAAGGAACGUUUAUUGUGCAGCCCGGGGAGGCCAAGGUUGCUAGGUUCACGUUUGUUGCACCAACUGUCGGUGAUGAAUCCAAGCUGCCAAUCUACAGCGGGAAGGUUCUGAUCAAAGCCAACAAUGGAGACAGUGUGGGUAUUCCGUACUAUGGGGCUGCCUUCAACCUCAAGGCCCAGAUGAAGAACAAAAUUUUCCCUUCACCGUAUCCAGUCCAGAGAUCCGGCCCCCAAAACCAAAACAUAGAUGUUUACAACUCCUACGCUUUCAAUGUCAGCCUUCGAGCUCAAGACUUUCCCAAGAUCCAGACAAACUUCAAAUGGGGCGUGAAGGAGCUCCGGUGGGAUAUAUUCGACGCUACCUACAACGAAUCGCAGUGGUCGUACCCACCAGUCGUCGGGAGCGGCGGCUUUGUCGGCUCGGCGACGUACUCCAUGUCGGCAGGCCGGGCGCUCAACUUUGACCCGGCCACCAUGGACAGAGAGCGCGUGGCCCCGUUCCCGGUCACGGGCAUCGAGCGGACAUCAUCCUGGACCGAGCUCGGAAAGAGGUUCUGGUGGAUGGGCAAGCUGGCUAAUGGAAGCUACAUUGUGCCGGGCACCUACAGAAUGCGCUUUGCAGCAUUGACGCCGUUUGGUGAUCCGAAAGAAGCGGACGACUGGCACGUUUGGAAGACGCCAGACAUUACUAUCCGGCCUUAUCAGCUCUAA